CUUGAAGUGCUUCCCCUUUCUUGUAGACGAACGCCACGUCGUAUGCGGGCGGGCCGGCAACCGCGGCGCGUCCGCCAUGUGCGUCCCAGUCCUUAAGAGUCGGAGGCGGGACGCAGAUGGCUGAUAACUUGUUUCUGCACCUCAUUGUGCACUUCCAGUGUCGGUGUGGCGGUUGUUUGUCUUCACCCAUAGGCCUACGGCAGGUUGAGCGAUCCAUUCCCUGUUUGGAUCUCGAGGCGUCAACCGCGCGGUCGAUAUGGUCUACCGCGCGAGAGCCGUCUGGCUCCUGUUGCCCCUGAGUCCCUUCGUUUCCGUCUCCCUUGGCCGUAGCGUCGGCCCAAGAGACCCAGUCCCUGAAGGAUACCGUGCGGCCCCUUACUAUCCCACGCCCCAUGGAGGCUGGCUCGACUCAUGGAGGGAAGCCUACGCCAAGGCGGAGGAGUUUGUGUCGCAGAUGACCUUGGCUGAGAAGACAAAUAUCACUUCCGGGGUAGGCUUCUGGAUGGGGCCUUGUGUGGGAAACACUGGAAGCGCAGAACGCCUUGGCUUUCCUCGUCUCUGCCUGCAAGACUCGGCCCUCGGAGUAGCGUCCGCCGACAAUAUCACUGCAUUCCCGGCAGGCAUCACGACGGGAGCAACCUGGGACAAGGCCCUGAUGUAUGCCCGUGGCGUUGCUAUGGGCAAGGAGUAUCGGGGCAAGGGAGCCAACGUUCAUCUUGGCCCUUCUGUCGGCCCUCUAGGGCGAAAGCCCCUGGGUGGACGCAACUGGGAGGGAUUUGGUUCCGAUCCGGUUCUCCAAGCCAAGGCGGCCGCUCUGCAUAUCCAGGGGGUCCAAGAGCAAGGCAUCAUUGCAACCAUCAAGCACUUCAUCGGCAAUGAGCAGGAGAUGUACCGCAUGUAUAACCUUUUUCAGCCUGGGUACAGCGCAAAUAUUGAUGAUCGGACGCUUCAUGAGAUUUACCUCUGGCCCUUUGCUGAGGCUGUCCAUGCCGGCGUUGGCGCCGUCAUGACCGCCUACAACGCCGUGAACGGCUCGGCCUGCUCCCAGAACAGCUAUCUGAUCAACGGGAUCCUUAAGGAUGAGCUCGGUUUUCAGGGCAUGGUGAUGUCGGACUGGUUGAGCCACAUUUCCGGCGUUGAUUCAGCCCUCGCUGGCCUCGAUAUGAACAUGCCGGGCGACACCAACAUCCCGCUGUUUGGUUUCAGCCUGUGGCAAUAUGAGCUGACCAGGUCUGUGCUCAACGGCUCGGUGCCUCUCGACCGGCUCAACGACAUGGUCACACGGGUCGUGGCUACCUGGUAUAAGAUGAAGCAGGACAAGGACCAUCCGCGACCGAACUUUUCGUCAAACACGCGAGAUCGCGAGGGGCCUCUGUACCCAGCAGCGCUCAUUUCUCCUGUUGGACAGGUCAACUGGUUCGUCAAUGUUCAGGAAGACCACUACUUGGUCGCCCGCCAGGUGGCCCAGGACGGCAUUACCCUCCUCAAGAACAAUGGAAGCCUCCUACCGCUGUCGACUUCCAGCAAGCUCAGCGUCUUUGGGACCCAUGCGCAGGUCAAUCCUGCAGGGCCCAACGCAUGCAUGAACAGAGCAUGCAACACGGGCACACUCGGCAUGGGCUGGGGUUCUGGAGUUGCAGACUACCCCUAUCUUGACGACCCAAUUUCUGCCAUUAAAAGGAGGGUCCCAGACGUCGAGUUCCACAACACCGACAGGUUCCCGUCCAACAUAGGGAAACCAUCUCCCGACGACGUUGCUGUCGUGUUCAUAACUUCUGACUCGGGAGAGAACAGUUUCACUGUCGAAGGCAACCAUGGGGAUCGCGACGCGGACAAGCUGGCGGCGUGGCAUGGUGGCGACAAGCUGGUCCAGGAUGCUGCUCAGAAGUACAACAAUGUCGUCGUGGUCGUACACACAGUUGGCCCUCUCAUCCUGGAAUCAUGGAUUGACCACCCGUCCGUGAAGGCUGUACUGUUCGCCCACCUCCCGGGCCAAGAAGCAGGUGAAUCCCUCACCAAUAUCCUCUUCGGCGACGUCUCCCCGAGCGGCCACCUCCCUUACUCCAUCACCAAAGCAGCCACCGACUACCCAGACAGCAUCGCCAACCUGAGGGGCUUCACCUUUGGCCAGGUCCAAGACACAUACUCGGAAGGCCUCUACAUCGACUACCGUUCCCUCAACAAGCGGGGCAUCAAACCGCGCUUUGCCUUUGGCCAUGGCCUCAGCUACACCAACUUCACCUUCUCCAACCCCACCAUCCGACCCGUCACCCCUCUCUCCCUCGUCCCUCCCGCCCGCUCCUCCAAGGGCCCCACCCCAGCCUACGCCACCACCAUCCCCGCGGCCAGCGAAGCCUACUGGCCCGACAACUUCCCGCGCAUCUGGCGCUACCUCUACUCGUGGCUGCCACGCAACGAAGCCGACGACGCCUACGCGAUCGGCAUCGCCGGCGAGAAAAAGUACGCCUAUCCCGACGGCUACUCGACCGUUCAGAAACCCGGCCCAGCGGCGGGCGGCGGCGAGGGCGGCAACCCGGCGCUGUGGGACGUUGCGUGGGAGGUGCAGCUCACUGUCACCAACGUGGGCGGUAAACAUGCCGGUAAGGCGUCGGUGCAGGCGUACGUGCAGUUUCCCGAACGGAUUCCGUACGACACGCCCGUGGUGCAGCUGCGGGAUUUCGAGAAGACGAAGGAAUUGGCGCCGGGGGACAGCGAGACGGUUACGCUGAGGCUGACGAGGAAGGAUGUGAGUGUGUGGGAUGUUGAGGUGCAGAAUUGGCUUGUCCCUGGCGUCGGUUUGGAUGGGAAGGUGGGGAGGUAUACGGUUUGGAUUGGCGAGGCGAGUGAUAAAUUGUUUCUGGCUUGCUAUACGGAUACGGGAGAGUGCGAGACGGAGUUGGAGCCGCCUGUUUGAAGGAGGGAAAGGUGGUGAUGAGGUGGGAGUCUAGGCUGCUAAAGAAGGAGGUUGAGGAAUGGGGAGGGAAAGGUCAACGCCAGGGCGAGGGUAUGAGGUGUUAGGCCCGGGUGUUGACAUGACACUGGUUGCGAAUAUUGUUAAUCCUCGUUAUUUUAUUUUCACAAGGCGUUUCGCAUCGAGCAUGAAUGUGGUAUGAGGCAAUGGUCUGCGUCGUCUGUUGAGUGGUGGUCAAAUGCGUAGCUCAAUCCAAUCCUGGCUUGCAAUAUUUGAGCUUUGGUCCUUCUUUAUGUUCUGUAUCUCUUUCUUUCUCUCAUUCUUAUUUCGCCUUUUCUUAGUUUUCCUCUUUUGCUCUUUCUUACUUCGUCAAUGUUAUUCUAAUUAUCUAAUUCCUUUUUAUUAUUAUUCCUUCC